AUGUCGGAUCGCGUCAACCAACUCGCUGGCCACCUCAACUACCCCAAGGGCAUGUUGGCUGGCCAAGUGGCCAUCAUCACUGGUAGUGGACAAGGCAUUGGCGCCGAAGCAGCGAGACUAUUCGCAAACGAAGGCGCAAAGGUUGUUGUCGCAGACAUUGAUGCCGACAAGUGCAACGCUGUCGCUGAGAGUAUCAAGUCCAAUGGCGGCCAAGCCAUCGCUGUCCCUGGAGACGUCCUCAAGGCAGACUAUAUAGACACUCUCAUCAAGCGCGCCGCCGACUUUGGCGAUGGAAAGAUCAACAUCAUCGUCAACAACGCCGGCUACACUUGGGACGGCGUCAUCCACAAGAUGACGGACAAGCAGUGGGAUACCAUCAUCGCCCUGCACUGCACCGCACCCUUCACCCUCGUCCGCGCCGCGGCUCCUUACUUCCGCGUGAAGGACGGAGCUCCGCGGUGCAUUGUCAACAUCUCGUCGACGUCUGGCGUGCAUGGCAACGCUGGGCAGCUCAACUAUGCACUUGCUAAGGCUGGUGUUACCGGCUUUACAAAGACUAUUGCCAAGGAAUGGGGCCCUAUGUUUGGCGUGAGGGCGAAUACCGUUGCCUUUGGGCACAUCUCUACAAGGCUGACAGCGGCCAAGGAGGAUGGAGCCUUUGUGAAAGGGCCAGAUGGCGAGAAGAUUGUUCUGGGAAUUCCGACCAAACAGAAGCAGGCCGCGGGAGAUGCUGCCCAUGCAGACAUCCCGCUGAGGAGACCAGGAACUGCGACAGAGGCGGCGAGCAGUAUUCUAGCUGUAGCUAGUCCCCUGUUCUCGUACGUGACAGGACAGACCAUCAUGGUAACGGGAGGGAGAAACAUGUAG